ACAGCUAUUAGUGGGUGUGGGUUGUCAAUCAAAGUGUCCCGCCCCAACGCUUCUCAGACGGGAAGCAGGACCGUUCACAACUUCUCCAGCAGCUGUGGAGUGGGACCUCUGUGGCAUCACGCAGUAUCAACGAGCAACAAAGGCCAAAAUGUAGUGGGAAAAAACAGCAACACACCUCUUUCUGAAAGGAGGUGUAUAGUGGAGCGUAUAGCAGUCUUAAAUCGUCGCGCGAAAAGUUGUUUUUUACACAGCGGGGACGCGCAACAAUUCGUGCGUAAAAGUGAGUCAAACAAUACAGGAACUUUUGUUUUGAAAGAGACGUUUUCUUGGAUGCGAUGGAUGCGUCAUUUGGCCUUUGGGACAUAAUGAAAAGCUGACAGUGUGAGGAACAAUCAUUGCCAGCUUCACAGUUUUAGCAUAUGCUUUCUAGUUUGGCGAAAGCGCCGGAGCAGAGCGCAGCGGGGCAGCAGAUGCUGAACGGUGACUAAGCCUUACGGUUGGAAAGCUCAUGAAUUGAAUUUGUCUGGAGUGCAGACUUUAUGUAAGAAGUAGGACAAGCAUAACACCGCCCAGCUAGUUCUUUCCGUCAUGCGUAGAGCCGCUUCGUCGUCCUGCACCGUUCCGUGAUGAUAGACUCUGGAGGUCCAGUUCUACAGAAAGUUACCGUUUGUUUAAUGCAACACAUCCAGCGAGAGUUUGUGCAAAGUUUGUCCGUUUGCACCCUUCUGUCUACCUCUUUUUAACAUGCACGAGAGCGUCAAGUGUGCCGCGGCUGACAGCAGCUCGGACGGGGAGAGCAUCAGCCUCAGUGUGCUCAACUGGGAGCAAGUGCAGCGGCUGGACACCAUCCUCACCGGCUCCAUCCCCAUACACGGCCGCUGGAGCUUCCCCACUCUGGAGGUAAAGCCACGAGACAUCGUCAAGGUGGUCCGGAGCCGCAUGGAGGAGAAGCGGAUACAUGUCCGGGAGGUGCGCCUCAACGGCUCUGCGGCCAGCUACGUCCUGCACGAGGACAGCGGACUGGGAUGGAAAGAUUUGGACUUGAUAUUCUGCGCUGAGCUGAAAGGAGAAAUGGAGUUUCAGAUAGUGAAAGAUAUAGUGCUGGACUCUCUGCUAGACUUCCUGCCUGAGGGAGUGAAUAAAGAAAAGAUAACACCAGUGACUUUAAAGGAGGCCUAUGUGCAGAAGAUGGUGAAGGUGUGCAAUGACUCAGACAGAUGGAGCCUCAUCUCACUCUCCAACAACCGUGGCAAGAACGUGGAGCUCAAGUUUGUGGACUCUCUUCGACGGCAGUUUGAGUUCAGCGUGGACUCUUUUCAGAUCCGCCUGGACUCACUUCUCCUGUUUUACGAGUGCUCAGAGCACCCCAUGGCGGCAACUUUCCACCCCACAAUCCUCGGGGAGAGCGUCUAUGGAGACUUUCCCACCGCUCUCGAUCACCUGCGCAAGCGACUCAUCUGCACGAGAAGCCCUGAGGAGAUCCGUGGCGGGGGUUUACUGAAAUACUGCCACCUGCUGGUGCGGGGUUUCCGCGCCGCGUCGGACAGCGAGAUGAAACUGCUGCAGCGCUACAUGUGCUCCCGCUUUUUCAUAGACUUUCCUGACGUAAAUGAGCAGAGGAGGAAGUUGGAGUCAUAUCUGCAGAACCACUUUGUAGACCUAGAGGACAGGAAGUAUGACUACCUGGCCACGUUGUACGACGUGGUGCAGGAGAGUACGGUGUGCCUGAUGGGCCACGAAAGGCGCCAAACGCUGAGUCUCAUUUCUUCCCUGGCGCUGCGGGUCCUGGCCGAGCAGAACGCCAUCCCCAACGCUGCCAAUGUAACAUGCUUUUAUCAGCCGGCUCCUUAUGUCUCUGAUGGCAACUUCAGCAACUACUAUGUAGCGCAGGUUCAGCCUAUCUACCCCUGCCCUCCCUCACCUCCUCAGCAUUACAUUUCUACUUCACAACAUCCCAUGUACGCCACCUGGUUGCCCUGCAACUAAACUUUGUGUACAUGCAUGCACUUUUGCAUAACAAACGGAGCCCAUACCCCCUUAAAAGGGAUAAACAAUGAUCUUUUAUCUCUUCAGACAAGUCAAAAGAGACAGGGUAAUGAGACAAGAGGAGGUGAAAUGAGACAAAGAUAAUAAAUAAAAGAGAGGAGUAAAGGAAUGAGGACAAGGAAUCUGGAUCAAGGCAGCGGGCCAGAGAGAGGGUUUUCCCUAUUGUAGGGUGCCACAGCAGGAAGAGCUGAGCCCACAGGGAGGGAUGCCAAAGAGACAGUCGGCUCAUCAGUUUAACAAUUCUUUCAUCCAGAUCCGUUUGGUUGACCAAACAGAAGCUCGGCCUCAGAGUUACCAGCAUACUGGGUAUGAUGAUGCUUCUCUUAUUCUGGUGUGAGUUACGACUCACUGGAAUACAGAUUUCAAAUGAACAUUUAUAAAAAGCACUAUAGAAACCAGAAAAGACUCACAUAAAGCCCCAGAGAGAAACAGAGGACACAAACGAUGUGCUGAACAUGUUGAUUUAUAGUUAAAGAACACAGACCGUGUGACCUUUUCCAUGUGCACUGUGUAUGUACAGUUUCACAGACAAUGCAAAAAGAGGAACUGGAUACUGUUUACAAAUCCAAAGAUCUACUUUGAUAUACUUAACUUCAUCUGAAACCUGAUGGGGGAAAACGUAACAACAAAACAAUGCAUGAUUUAUUUCUGUACAGGAAUAAUUUUCUUUAAGUGCCUAGAUGAAGCCUAAAGGGAAAAUAUAUUUUGGGGUUCUUCAGAGAGCUGUCCAUUUGUCUAAAUGACAUUUUAAAAGUGAUAAUUAAUGUACCUUGGAACAGUUUAUACCUGCAGUAUGCUGAGAAAGGUCUCUUACACUGAGGGCUGUUUGGGACUUUUAUUUGACAAUGUUUAGUUAAAGACUUUGCUCUUGUUUGCAGUCCUUUUGGACUAACACACAUCCUGAUUACUAAAAAGGAAGUAACAACAUAAUCUCAUCAUCUGUAGGGGGGUGGAGAUUGAAUCCAAAAUGCUUUCAAGAGUAAAGUAGAUGAUCAUUUUGAUAAAAACAUGUUACAGAAAAUAAAGUGGAAUUGGCUUUAAGGGAAAACUAACUUCUCAUAACUGCAAUUUUUAUUGGAUUGCAAAAAUAAGUGGAGCAGGCAUUGUUUGAUAACCAAAGACACUUUUUAUCUAAGAGGAAAACAAUCUAAUGAGGAGGAAAGAAACACAUUCAACAAGUGUGGGUAUGUAAAAGUUUGACUAUAAUGGGUUUUAAAUGAAUGGAUUUAAAAAGACAAAAAUCAGGCCUUCUUAAAGAUGCUCUAAAGGGGAUUGGCUUUUUUUUCAGACUUACAGAAACUUAUGUUUAAUAGUAUUUGUCACAAAACCCUUGAGUGUUAUCUUGUGAUGAAAACAAGCUGUGCUUUGUAUACAUCAAUCUCCUUUAUUUUAAAAGGCACUGGGGUGCACUUCUGUGUACCACUACUCAUUUGUUUUUUAAAUUGAUGGUGACAUAUACACAUGUGCAUUAGCAUCCCGGCAUGCAUGCUCAAUGAAAACCCCCAUUUCAAAAAUCAUAUCUAUUGAGCUACAUGUAGUCAAAAACUCUCCAGAGCACCCUUAAGUUCUGAUAAUAUCUGAUAAGGUCCGCAGUGUUUGAAAUGGAUUUUUAAAAGAUGAACAACAUGACACUGGAACAUUUGAAAAAAUUUACUCUUGAUUCAUUUAAAUUUUUCUUAUCAAAUAGCUAACAUGGCAAUUCAGUUCAGAGUCAUUUGUUAACAUGCUAUAUGCACUGUAAAACUAUUUCCAUGUGUAAAAAAAAAAGGAAGAGAAUAUCUGCACCACGCGCUGACACAACAAACGGUGUGUUGGUCAGAGGGGUGGAAGUUGGAUUAUGUAUGGGAGGAUGUAGCAAUAGAGCAACUUUCGAAAGUCGAGUAAACUUUAACUACUUGAAGAGUCCGACACCCAGCAGAGAAAAACAUUUUUGCAAAAAAAAAAAAAAAAAAAAAGAGCUGCAUGACGCCUGUUAUAAUUUUCCAUGAUUAUUUUAGCACAGUAAAUAUUGGGCCAAUUUAUAAGGUUGAUUCAGGAUGUGUGGAAAAAUGGGCUGCAUGAGCAGAUAAAAGCUGUCACACCUUUUAUCUCCUCUUAGCACCGAAAAAGCACCAAAGAGUGAGGAAAAAAGUGGGGAGGAAAAAACAGACACAUUUCAACGGCAAUAAGACAAGGUGGCUUUAGAGUUUUUGUUUUUAUUGUGAAAAUAACAGCAGGUGUACAUUUUCAGCUCUACAAGUGCAAGAGACUCAGCAUAUUCUCUCACGUCAGAUCUCCUAUUUUUCUAUCAAUCUCUAUUUUUGUACAGUUUGUGUUUGGCUGAUGUAGCAGCAGAUUCAAAGCUGUGUCGUUGAGUUUUCUUUUCUUUUUUUUGUUGGUGUUUGCGAGUCUGUGUUUUACUUUUGGCUGAUGAAGAGCAGUGCAGGCGGAUACAGUGGCUUUGUAAAGAUGCAGAUUUACUUAGUGUUCAUUGUAUGUGUGCUCUGAGCUGUUUUAUGGGUUUUCUGUUGCUCUAAAGAGAUUGUUUCCUUGUUCAAUGUGUGUUUUUAACUGCAGUCCCGCUUGGACAUGAAAAUAAUGAUAUGAUAAAUGCAUUCAAGUUGAUCAACUUGAAAAUUAAAAUUGAGAAAAAGACCAUCAAACA